UCGAAGGUAUGUCAAGAUGCACAGUCCGCUGGAGAGCAAUACCCUCGGUCCCAAUGUGUGGGACUACGACAUGAUAUUGGAGAAGAUCGGCUAUGGCAAAACGCAGUGGAUACUCCUGCUCGUCAGCGGACUGUUGACAAUCACGUCCGUUGCAGCCCAACAAGCCAUGAGUAUUAUUGUGAUCGCCUCUCACUGCGAAUUCGAAACCACACAGGCCGAAAAAGGCGUGAUGAUGGCGGCUAGUGUUACAGGCAUAUUUUUAUCGACCUAUAUAUGGGGAUACAUCAGCGAUGAUAUAGGGCGCCGCAAAGUUUUACUUUAUGGUAAUUUCGCCAGCAACGCCCUGCAGUUUGUUCUAAUGUUCGUGACAAGCGUUUGGCUCUUUAACAUCAUUAACCUUUUGGUUGGAAUUAGCGUCGGUGCAGUUUCAGCCGCCCUUUAUGCAUAUCUAAGUGAAUUCAAUAUACCAAGACAUCGAGCUGUGGCAAUUAAUUAUUCCACAAUGUUUGUUAGUGUUACGGCAAUAUAUGUUCCAGCAACUGCUUGGCUGGUGCUUUCGUCAAACUGGGCAAUCACUGUAGGCGACUUCGUUUUUCGGCCUUGGCGGUUAAUUUUGCUGGUUAGUCUCUUACCAGGAUUUAUUGGAGGGCUAAUAUUAUUAUACUAUCCUGAGAGCCCGAAGCUUUUGCUAUCACAAAAUAAAAACAAGGAUGCCGUAGAAGCCGUCGCAUGGAUCAGCAAAUUUAACAGGGGAAAGCCAAUACAGCAAGUCCUAAACUGUGACGAGUUUACUCUGAAGUCAGAAGAUCCAGCUGGUGAGAAUUUGUUGGGCGAAAGCCAAGGAUGCGGCAUUCUAUCCAAAAUUGCCAAGGCAACGGUUCCUUUUCACAAGCCCCAUGGAUUUAAUUUCAUCCUUUGUAACUUGGCUUUAUUCGGCAUGUUUUUUAGUUCAAAUGGCAUGCAGCUUUGGUUUCCGGAAAUUGUAAACCGAUCGUCAGGUGCAGGAAAUAACUCUUCUACAGUAUGCGAAAUAUUAAGCGUACCCGUAGAAAAGCCAAAUGUAACGGAAAAUUUGGACUGUGCUGAUCCCAUUUCUAGCAAAACCUAUAUUGAUAACCUGAUUGUUGGACUUGCAUUUCUGAUUGGAUUCUCUAUUCAAGGACUAAUCCUUAACCCCUUGGGUAGAAAGAAUGUCCUUUUGGCUGCUCUAGGAGCUGCCGCUUUUAGUGGCGUCUUACUUCACUUUAUGGAAAAUCCCACAGGAGUCCUUGUACUCUUCUGCCUUUACAUUCUCUUACCAGGACUUUCCAUUUCAAUUAUGAUAGGAGCGAUUGUUGAUCUUGUGCCAACCCACCUGAGGUCCAAGGCGGUAAGCUUUUGUAUGUCUCUUGGAAGACUAGGAAUCAUUGCAGCAACCAACUUAAUGGGAGUUAUGCUGCAACCUUAUUGCAAUACAACAUUCGCCAUGUUUACAUGUACUCUUAUUGUGUGCAUUGUUAUCGUUCAUUACUUGCCGAUUCGAAACUCAGCUUAAUCAGUUUUUUCUUAUUAUCUUUGUAUAUUUUAUAUUUUUGUUUUUAAAAUUAAAUAUUGAUUAAAACCUUAAA